UGCCAAGCUUGUCCGGUCCCACCCGUCCACCCAAACUGUGUGAAAGCAUCCGUUGUUCUGGUGGAGCUCCCCGGACACAUGGAGCAGAGGGAACCUGCUGUAGCUCAGUGAAGACUUUCCAGGCUGGAGACACAUUGAUCCUGUAGAGAAGAGAGAGGAACUCAGUCCGAGGCGUUUUCAAACUAUGGAGCAAACUGCGACCCUGAUAAUCUGAGAGAAAAGAGAGAAUAGCGUCAACUGAUCACAUCAAGGGUGCCUACAUGCUUCAGCAUCAUUUCCAGUUUCCCCUGAAGAGGAAUUUGGCACAUCACUGUGAAAGGCAUGAAUGAGGGUCGCUCUGCUCUCUUCAGAAGGUGCCACCUUGCCUUGUCCAAGGCUGACAGCCUCACAUCUGCUCCUGCCAGAGCUGUUGUCUCUGUGGACGCAGGCGAUGGCGAGGCCGCCCAGUCUGAGGCCGACGCUGCGUCUCCCCUCUCUGACCUCUCGCACUUGUUCGAGAGCGAAGAUGCCCCCCCAUCGACUCAGGACACGAGCCAGGAUUCAGCUGCUGGAGCUCUGGAGCUGGUUCAGCCCGGCCAGCCUGUGGACAGCAGACCGAACCUGCGGAUGAAGUUCCAGGGUGCUUUCAAAAAGGGCAUUUCCAACCCAAUGGACCUGCUGGAGUCCACCAUAUACGAGUCUAAUGUGGUUCAGGGACCCAAGAAAGCCCCCAUGGACUCGCUCUUUGACUACGGCACCUACAGCCAGAUGAGCAACCAAAAGAAACGCAGGAAGAAGCUUCCACGAGGUAAAACUGAGACGUCCUGUGAUGAUGGUCAAACAGAUCCACCAAAGAUCCUGAAAACAUUCAACCGCUCUCUCCUGUUUGACGGUGUGUCACGUGGAGAGCCCGGGGCCCUCGACGGCCUGUUAGAGUACCUGCAAAGUAACGGCAAGCGGUUAACUGAUGAGGAUUUCAGAGAGCCAUCAACAGGUAAGACCUGUCUGCCUAAAGCUCUGUUGAACCUUUACGCGGGUGAGAACGACACCAUCCCACUGCUGGUCGACAUCGCAGAGAAGACUGGAAACCUCAGGGAGUUCAUCAACUCACCCUUCAGGGAUCUUUACUACAGAGGACAAACAGCGCUCCACAUUGCCAUAGAGCGACGCUGCAAACAGUAUGUGGAGCUGCUGGUGGAGAAUGGGGCCGACGUUCAUGCCCAGGCCAGAGGUCGCUUCUUUCAGCCGAAAGAUGAAGGGGGCUACUUCUACUUUGGUGAGCUGCCUCUCUCGCUGGCUGCGUGCACUAACCAGCCUGACAUAGUGCACUACCUGACUGAGAACCCACACAAGAAAGCUGACCUGCGGCGCCAGGACUCCCGCGGCAACACGGUGCUGCACGCCCUGGUGCACAUCGGAGACAACACCAAGGACAACACCCGUUUCCUCACCAAGAUGUACGACCUGCUGCUGAUCAAGAGCGCCAAGCUCUACCCAGAAUGCAGCCUGGAGACGGUGCUCAACAGCGAUGGCAUGUCACCUCUCAUGAUGGCGGCCAAACUGGGCAAGAUAGGGGUUUUUCAGCACAUUAUCCGACGAGAGAUCAAAGAUGAAGAAGUUCGUCACCUGUCUCGAAAGUUUAAGGACUGGGCGUACGGUCCGGUGUACUCGUCCCUCUAUGAUCUCUCAUCACUGGAUACAUGUGGAGAGGAGCCAUCUGUGCUGGAGAUCCUCGUCUACAACAGUCGCAACGAGAACCGUCAUGAGAUGUUGGCAGUGGAGCCCAUCAACGAGCUGCUCCGGGCCAAAUGGCAGAAGUUUGGUGCAGUCACCUUUUACAUCAGUGUGGUUUCCUACCUCAUCACCAUGAUCAUCUUCACACUCGUGGCGUAUUACCACCCAACACAGGAAGAGCCUCCGUACCCGUACAACACCUCCUCUGACUACGUGCGGAUGGCGGGGGAGGUCGUCACCUUGGCAUCAGGAAUCUUCUUCUUCCUCACCAAUAUUAAAGACGUCUUCCUGAAGAAGUGUCCUGGGGUGAAGUCUUUAUUAAUUGAUGGAUCCUUUCAGCUGCUGUAUUUCAUCUACUCUGUGCUGAUUGUAGUCACAGCUGCUCUCUACCUGUCGGGCAUUAAGGCCUAUGUGUCUGUGAUGGUGUUUGCACUUGUCCUGGGCUGGAUGAACACCCUUUACUUCACCAGAGGCCUGAAGCUCACUGGCACCUACAGUAUAAUGAUACAGAAGAUUCUUUUCAAAGACCUUUUCAGGUUUCUGUUGGUGUAUGUGCUCUUCAUGAUUGGAUAUGCAUCAGCCCUGGUGACCCUGCUGACCGUGUGUCCUCCACCAGGAUCUGAGUGUGACGGGGACUGCCCCACCUACCCAAAGUGCAGGGACCCCGACACGUUCAGCAACUUCCUACUGGACCUUUUCAAGCUGACCAUUGGGAUGGGAGAGCUGGACAUGAUCAGCAGUGCACAGUAUCCCGCCGUCUUCCUCAUCCUGCUGGUUACUUACAUCAUCCUCACGUUUGUGCUGCUGCUCAACAUGUUGAUCGCUCUGAUGGGGGAGACGGUGGGGCAGGUGUCCAAGGAAAGCAAGAAGAUCUGGAAGCUUCAGUGGGCGACAACCAUCUUGGACAUCGAGCGCUCAUUCCCAGUCUGCCUGCGCAGGUCUUUUCGAUCCGGGGAGAUGGUGACCGUGGGGAAGAACUGGGACGGCACACCUGACCGACGCUGGUGCUUCAGGGUGGACGAGGUUCGCUGGUGUCACUGGAAUCAGAACCUGGCGAUAAUCAGCGAGGACCCAGGCCAAGUCAAUGUGCAGCAGCAGGGCGUUGGAGUCUUGAGGAGAGAUCGCUGGUCCACGGUAGUCCCACGAGUGGUGGAGUUAAAUAAGGGUCGUGAGGCAGUGGUGGAGAUGGAGCCUCUGACACGCAGGCGCUGACACCGGCAGAGGACUAGUACUGUCCCUCUUCUAAAGAGACAGAGGAGAGCCAUCAGCGUCAGUGACACGACUCUGCUGGGGACAAUCUGGCCAAUAAGUGCUUCUAAUUUGCACAAAUCUCACGUGCCUUUUCUUCACACAGAGAAUAGUAGAUAUUACAGUGAGACAGUCAGUAUUGGACAGAGGACUGAGAGCACAGAGAUACUGGAUUUACAAUGUCCUAAAAAAUAACUCAAGUAUGAUUUAAAGAAAACUAAAUAGAGUAAUUCAUUUCUGUCAAUAUCGAUAAGUAUCACAAUGAAUGUCACAUUAUUAUUUCUCUUUCUCUUGAGAAUAAGGAAAAUUUGGCAUUAAUGACACAGUGAUCUGUUAACUAUGAUUUUUUUUAUUCAAAAAGAAACAUGAAAAUGUAAAUGUACUGUAUUCCACAUGUUAGACAUAUAUUAGCAGUGUAAAUGAAAGCUUUGAACCAUUUACACAUGAAAAAUAUUUUUUCAAGAGAACAUUGCAGUAAAUAUUUAUAAAUUUAUACAUUAUAAUUCAGCUUAAGGUUGCGUGUUUUUAUUAUAUAUAUAUAUAUAAAUAUAUGAUGUGUGCAUAAGUAAUUAUAUGUAUAUGCUGGUUUGUAUAGAGGAUGUUUUAUACAAUAUUUUGUCUUUUCUAUAUUGUAUCAGUCAAAUAGUUUUAAAUCUAUGAAAGUCUCAGUCUUGGACUGGCGGAGCAGGCAGCCCUCAUUUGAACUGAAACAAUGCACUGUGCCAAUUUCUGAUGUGUCCAUUAUUAUAUGAAUACAAAGACAUUGUUCCGAACAAGAUGGGCAUGAUGAGCAGGUUGUACUUGUCAAGCUAAUGUGCAAAUAUGAGACAAUAGCCUUCCGUGUUACGGUUUGUCUUUGAAUUUCCAGAGUUAUUGUUCCUAUGCAGCUGGGGUAUUUGCAUAAUCAACUCUCAGGCCUCACCAUUAUGUACUUUCCUCUAUUUGCUGCAGUGUUUUCGUUGCUCUUGGCUCAAUGCCCUAUACAGCAGCUCUCUUUUUCUAUUUGUCUCUACUGAAUGUAUGCAUCUAUACGUGUUAAUGCACAUUGAUGAGGAGCAGAGAGACAAUACAUUUCAUUUAGACCCUAACCCUUACUGUUGAAGGUCGCAGGUCAUUGUUCACUUUGUUUACAUGGAGACACGUCUAUGCAUUAUAUUUGGUUUGUACCUUGCUGCACAGAACAAUAAACACUGAAUUUAUUUAUAAAGCACACAACAGUCUGUCUUGCUAUUUCUGCAUGCAAAGAUUUUAGAUUUUCUAAUCGGUACUUGAAUAAUUUUACAUGCAAAACAGUUUGCAUGUAAAGAAACAA